AUGAACCUAGAACAUGCGGCACUCAUUGCAGAAGCAUCGCGUAUGCAUAAUGAAUCGCGAGCCAAGAGACGAUACAACGUAAAAACGAAGGAAUACUCGCAAGCGAUGCACCGAUAUGAAAUCCAGCGUAAGGAUAUUAAACAAACUUUUACCUGGAUAAGGGACUCGGUCAGUGUAAUUUAUCUCAAGUCUCAUGUGUCAGUUACCCACGACUGGGUAAAGGCAUACAACAACCUCAAAACUGCCCUCAAUCCAGGAUCACGAGAGAUCAAGAGAUCAAUUCGGAAAGGGAAAUCCAUGACCUUUGCCCUUGACAAAGAAGAUUGGUCAACUCGCUUUAUUGAGGCCAUUCGACCACUUGAUCCAGUAUGGGUAAUAACCCUUGAGCAUGACGUUGAGGAGAAACUAGACGACGAUACGCUCACGUAUGGAGACAUGUCACGAUACUUCCAACGCAAGCAAAUGUAUCGCCUGACCAACGAGGAAGAUCAUGAUCUUGUUCCACAGACUAUUCCUGGAAGAGAGAUUAUAACUCUAUGGAGAAUUCCAACUCCAGGCAACACUGCGCUGAAUGAAAGGAAAGAGCCCCUCCUCGUGGACGAGAUAGAUCUCAGUCCCAGGAACAACCUCAGCGGCAGAACUCUCGAGAACCAGCUUAAAGACGAAGAGCACCUACCCCUCAUCCAAAGGAAAUGCAAGGCAAUGUAUUUUGUGAAAAUGGAAAAAGAACUGGCUGCCCUGUCAAUCAAUGAUUAUCCUCUAAAGCACUCUGCUUUAUUGGACUCCGGAUCAUCAAUUUAUGUAUUCAACGAGAAAGAAUGUUUUAUUAACUUUAAGAGAGCGACUCCCGGCGACUUCUUAUAG